AGGUAUUCAGUCAAAUGGUCAAUUUUUACUCAAUAAAUAUAUUCACCCCAUUUUAUCUACAGCUUCCCUUCCUUCCUUCCUACUGAGAAAUUAGGGAUUUAUUUAAAUAUUUUUUUUAAUCUUUCGGGAUUGGUCAUUCCUCAUUCGAACGUUAGCUCACCGCUCCAACUCCCUCAAAGAAAUUAAAAAAAAAAAAAGCAAAAAUCCGAUCGCGAGAUGUCUGAACCCCAGCUGCCGCCCGACCCGGUUCCCGAAUCUCACGACCCGGAAGCCAGCCCCACCGACCCGCUUCUUGACACCGGCGCCUACAUCGACCCGGGCCGGAAUCACUCGGCCGCCGGCGCCGAGUUGCCCCAGCACAUGCCGGAGUUCGCGCCGGGCGUCGUGAUUGCGGCGGAGCCCAUCUCGAUGUACGUCCCAGGGGAGGACUCGGCGGAGGCCACGCCGCGGGCGGUGCGGCGGAGGGAUCCCGAGGAGAUGUCCAAGCGCCCGAGCUGGCUGCCGGAGGACUGGAAGAUUGACUUGAAAGUGCGGUCUUCUGGAGCCACAGCUGGACUCAUUGAUCGAUAUUACGUCGAACCAACGGGGCAACGUAGAUUUCGUUCAAAGGUUGAGGUGCUUCACUUUCUGGAAACAGGAAGUAAACCGGCAAAGAGAAAGGGAGCUUCUGAAACUGAGACUACGCCUUCCGGGAGUCCUGCGAGCCAAACACAAAGGAAGUCCAACACAAAACGCAAGAAAUCUGAGGCCUUCGUUUCUGAUAAUACACAACCACCAUAUGUUCUCAACAGCGUCCAGACAGAUAAUGCCCAACAGAUAUGAAGUGUGUAGACGGUAAGGCCAAGCGCGAGCAUGAUAGUGUUUAUGCACUUCUCUGGGAUCUCUAACUGAAAGCGCUUGUUUUUGAGUUACCAUAAUUCAGCAUUAGAUUCUGGUGGUAGACAUUUUACUUGUUUCUUAUAUAGGAUUCAAACAUUAUUGUGCUAUUGUUUGUGAGUUCUCUUUGAACUAGAUUAGACUUUUCAUUUUUAGGGGCAUGUGGAAUGUUAAGAGGAUUCUUUGUAUUUGAAAUUAUUUUUGGAAGCCCUCCUUGAAGAUAGUGAUGUCAAUGCAGUUUCCUUGUAGAAGUAGAACCUUUGUAGAAUACUUUGUUCCUGUUGGUUAUGCAUGAGGUUGCUCCACAUUUGGAUA